GCACAGUCCAGCAGUCUCCCUGCCUGCUGUUGCUGCUGUAUUCUUGGCUUGCCACAUAGCACCUCCGCAUCCUUCAAGCUUCAAGGCCCUAACUAUCACUUCUAUCAACUGUUGAGACCACUCAUUCUCUGUAAAUCUUGGCAAUAUUCAUAUGCUCGGAUAACUGGCGAAGUUGUGAUACUGCGACAAUACUCAGACUGCGACGAUGUCCUCGGCCACCACCAGUCCCACUAAACCCCCCUCGCGCGCAACGAGCCCGGGCACACAGGCUCAACAGACUAUAAACGCCGCUCUGGGCCGUCUCUCCUUCGAGUCUGAAAAGUCGAGCGGAUUGGGCUCGCCGCCUCCGCCCGCAUAUACAGACAGUACCACUCAUCCACGACUCAACGGGAAUGGGCUGGUGAAUGGGGAUGCACAUGGUCAUGGGGACGUUAGCGCUGUAGAUGGUGGAGAGAGGGGUGAGGGAGAGGGAGAGGGCGAAGUGGAGGGAGAGGAAGUGCUGGUUGUGGAUCCUAUCGAGAAGCUGCAACAGGAGCUUGAGAGGACGAGACAGGAGAGAGAAGAGUUCGCGUCGCAGUAUCGAAAUCUGCUGGCCAGGCUGAACACGAUGCGUUCGACUUUGGGGAAUAAGCUCAAGCAGGAUGCCGAAGAACUCGACCGAAGAGAACAAACCAUCCAAUCCCUAACAGCCCAAAACGAAGACCUCUCCCUCACGCUCGAAACCCUCAAAUCCGAACUAACCCUCUCCCACAGCGAAUCCGACCGCCUCUCCUCCGAACUUUCCGAAUUCCGCACGCUCUCCAUCCAACAAUCCUCCUCCGACGCCCUCCUGCGCGAACACGAACGGGCCUUGCACGACCGGGAGCGCGAGCUCCGGGAUCGGGAUGUCGAGCUGGAGCGGUGUAGGAUGGAGAGGGACGAGUGGGAGAGGGCGUGUUUGGAGGAGAGGGUGGCGGGGGAGGAGGCGAGGGUGGCGGUGGAGGGGAUGAGGAGGGAGGUGGAGGGGGGGAGGGAGAGAGUGGGGAGGGUGCAGGAGGAAUUGGAGGGAGAGAGGGAGAAGGUGGCGAAUUUGCAGGGGGUGUUGGAGGAUUUCCAGUCUGCAAAGGAUCACGAACUCCGAGUAGCCGUGAAAGACUACGAGACUCAACUCAACAACGUCACACAGUCUCUAGCAGAGUAUAAGCAUCGAGCUUUGCAAGCCGAGCUACAACUAGAAGAGUCGACGACGAACACUUCACGGACGUCUGAAUUGGAGAAAGAGAUCAAGGAGAAAAACCUUCUCAUCAGUAAACUCCGACACGAAGCCGUCAUCAUCAACGAACACCUGAUGGAAGCCCUCCGUCGCCUGCGCCGUUCCUCUUCUGACACAAACGUCGACCGCCGCCUCGUCACCAACGUCCUCCUCUCCUUCCUAUCCACCCCUCGCGCCGACCCCAAACGCUUCGAAAUGCUCAAUCUCAUCGCGACCAUCCUGUCCUGGAACGAAAACGAACGAAUGAAAGCCGGCCUUCAGCGCGCCACGGUCUCCCCCAGCACCAGCGGGCUACUCUUCUCCAAGGGCAGCUCAGGGAGUCUGGGCAGUGGGAAAGACGUGGAGCUGGAGAAGACGGACGAGACGGAGUCGUUUUCGAGGCUUUGGGUGGAGUUUUUGCUUACGGAGGCGAAUGCGGGAGAUAGGAUGACUAGUAGUACUGCGGCGUCCCCUACUUCUCCACAUCAACGGAGGGAAACGUCGUUGCCCGGGACGCCUACUGCGCGUGGCUUCGGAUCGCCGACGUUGUCGCCGCAUAGGAGUGGCCUGGGUGGAGGUGGCGGUGGGGCGGGGAAGAUGAUGUUCGGCCAGGGCUCGAUGGGCAUGGGCAUGAUGAGUACCCCGGAUUUAGUGCUGAGUAUGCCGCCGGGUGGUGCGAGUGCGAAGGGUAAGGGGAGAGAAGGGCCGUAGCGGCCUUUCUGAGCUUCUUGGGAUCUGGAAUUGGAUCGGUUUGUUCUGAGUCUUCUUUUUCUCUCAUACUUUCUUUCAUAUGUACGCGGACUGUCAUUUUUUCCCUCCUUUUCAUUCAGCAUGUCCCUCGUUUUAGCUCAUUUUUUUUUCGUUUUUGUCUGUCACUAUUUUUGAUCUACUUAUAUUCAUCUCUCUC